GUGUGUGUUUUGGGGGAUGUUCAGAACCGGUGAGUUUGGAGGGCAAAUCUGGACCGUUGAAACCGAUGGAUCAUUGUGAGGGAGUGGAGAUCGACGGCUCAGGAGGGGUUUGGACGGAUGAGAGGCAUGCUUCGUUCUUGAAUCGCAUGGAGGAGAGCUUCAUCAGAGCAAUGAUCGGCUCCGGCGAAGCCGCCGGUGGCCGGCGUGAUCCGGCGGAGAGGCACCUCCUUGAAAGCACGGCAGAGUCCGGCUUUAGCCGGAGCCGUACGAUUCGGGCUCAUCGUACCUCGGGAUCCGCACCUUUGAAUAUCAACGAAAAUGGUGCAAUGGGGAACGCAAGCCGCAGGGCUGGAUCUGGAAGAAGGCCAGUAAAACGGUCUGAUUUGGAGGACCAGGUGGUGCCUGAGCUUGAAGGAUCAAUGAGGGAUGGAGUUGAAGGGAAGAACAAGAAUUGGAGGAGAAAUAGGAACCUUUAAUAUUAUCUCAUCAAGAGAGCACCAAAUGAGUCCAAAAUGAAGGGUUGAAGGCCAUGUCUUU